AAUAAUAUUGCUCUACCCAUGCGGCGGGCAGCCUGCGGCGUGCGUUCGGUGCCGGUGAACGGAUCGUACCCGUUGCAUUUGUAGGUGUAAGCAUGCUGUAAGCUGUGUCUUGCGUUGUAGGUGUAUCGCUCCAACUGGAAAUGCCCCUGCGCCCCCCCGUACAGCCUCUACUGUCUUCUUGGACUUGAACGUAACUUCUAUUGAGGACCACACCGCCAUACUUAAAGGUCGAUUUGGCGUGCUUCCGAUGGCAUCGAAACCAAACAUUGUGCGCGGCAAGCAUGGCCCGCUUGUUGGUGCCAUUGAUCAAGGAACAAGCAGCACUAGAUUUCUGGUUUUCGCAAGCAAGACAUCUGAACUCAUUGCCUACCAUCAAACAGAAAUACAGCACGUUCUUCCAAAUGAUGGAUGGGUGGAAGAGGACCCAUAUGAAAUCGUCAAGUCUGUCCAUGAAUGUAUAGAAAAAACUGUUGAUAAACUGAAGGCCCUCGAGAUUGACCAUCGUGAUAUAAUAGCACUUGGAGUUGCCAACCAAAGGGAGACAACAAUUGUUUGGGACAAAAGAACUGGGAAGCCUCUCUACAAUGCUAUUGUAUGGUUGGAUAACAGGACGAUGGGAACUGUUGAAAGCUUGUUGUCGAAAAUCCCAGGCCAUGAUAAGAACUAUCUCAAGAAAAAAUGUGGGCUACCUUUGAGCACAUACUUCAGUGCAGUUAAGCUAAAGUGGCUCAUGGACAAUGUUCCUGACGUAAAAGCUGCAAUGGAACAAGGGCGCUGCAUGUUUGGCACAGUAGACUCUUGGCUUAUAUAUAACUUCACAGGAGGGACCAAUGGUGGUGUUCACAUCACUGACGUGACAAAUGCUAGUCGAACAAUGCUCAUGGAUAUUGAAACACUCCAGUGGGAUAACUUUCUCUGCAAGUUUUUUGGGGUACCAAUGUCGAUACUUCCUAAGAUUCACAGCUCUUCGGAAAUCUACGGGAAAAUGUGUGAAGGUCCACUUCUUGGCGUUCCUAUUUCGGGGUGUCUCGGAGACCAAAGUGCAGCACUUGUGGGUCAGCUGUGUUUCGACAUCGGUGAAGCAAAAUGCACGUAUGGCACUGGAUGCUUCCUAUUAUGUAACACUGGCCUGGAGACUGGCUUGCAGAUUGUGCAGUCCGCUCACGGUCUGCUCACGACUGUUGCCUACAAGCUGGGACCCAAUCGUCCUGUCCAGUAUGCUGUGGAGGGAUCUGUGGCUAUUGCGGGUGCUGCUGUUCGGUGGCUGAGGGACAACCUGGGCCUCAUCAGCAGCAGCAGUGAAAUUGAGAAAGUGGCCCGUACAGUAGGCAGCACACACGGCGUGUACUUUGUCCCAGCUUUCUCGGGCCUGUAUGCGCCCUACUGGGAGCCCGAUGCCCGGGGAAUCAUAUGCGGCCUCACACAGUUCACAACUCGAGCACACAUUGCCAGGGCUACCCUGGAAGCUGUCUGCUUUCAGGUGCGGGAUAUUUUGGAUUCAAUGGAUCGCGACUCAGGGACCCGACUGAAACAACUUUUGGUCGAUGGUGGCAUGGCAGUCAACGACUUGCUUAUGCAGCUGCAAGCUGACCUGCUUGGCAUUCCUGUUGUGCGACCCCAAAUGGCAGAAACAACUGCACUGGGUGCAGCCAUUGCUGCUGGGGCAGCCGAUGGCAUCAAUGUGUGGAGCCUGGACAGCCGCAGCUUCCCAAAGGUUACGACUGAUGUUUUCGAACCGUCAAUACUUCCUGCAGAGCGUGAACAGCGUUUUGCAAAAUGGAAAGACGCUGUUACUCGUUCGAAGCACUGGCAAGAAGUAAAUCCUGAAGAAGCGAAACGGAAGCAGCAAGGCGCUGUCUGAGUAGUCAAUCCAAGCCCUUUGUGCAACCGUCAAGCAGGCACAUUGUGGUUAAGGAGUGCCUACACUGGUGUUGUGACGACGCCGGCACGUCUUAAAAGCGCAAAGCACUGUUAACAUCCUGAAAAAGACUGCAACUCUUGUGCCACUCCCGCAAAGCUACUCGCACUGUUGCGUGUCACCAUGUCAAGAGGACAUACUCGAAGACCCAUCGACGCACCACUCCAUUCGUCUGCAUGAUGGCAGCACCACUUGGAAGGUUGCACGCCAACUUUCCUUCCAAUGUUAAUUCAGCAUAUAUGACUGAUCUUACAGACACUGAAUUGAAAGAUGCUUUAACUAGUCUAUCUCUGACAAGGCCACAGAGAUAUUAUGGAAUUUGGGCUAGGGACCUUCUCAUCAAUUACAACAAACUUAAAACAGUUAUAGUAUUGUACACUCUAUCUAAAAUCAUGCGCACGGGCAAAAUCCCAUGUCAAAUGAAGGUGUCUUUGGCAAGACCAGUUUAUAAAGAGGGAGACAAGCAACAGUGUCUGAAUUAUAGACCGAUAGCCAUUCUCUCGUGCCUAGCAUGCAUGCUAGAGAAAGUAUUAUAUAAGCACAUGAUAUCAUUUUGUAACAAACACCAUCUGUUAUCCCAAUCUCAGCAUGGUUUUGUAUGUGGGAGUAGUACAAUAACACUUCUGGACGAUUUUGCGGACAAUGUGAAUACAGCCAUAGAUUAUAACAAAGUCGUCCUAGGCUUAUUCUUAGACUUGAGAAAGACGUUUGAUACCAUAGACCAUAUUUUACUAAUUCAGAAACUAUCCCUUAUGAGAUCUCGUGGACCACACAGAUAACUCUUUUGUGACUAUUUUGAGGAUAGACAGCAGAAUGUCAGAAUAAACGGUGUCAACAGUGCAUUGCUUCCAAUAAAAUAUGGAGUUCCGCAGGGAUCAGUUUUAGGGCCACUAUUCUUUAAUCUGUAUAUAAAUGACCUUACACAGUUGCACCUCCAUUCAAGUAUGUACCAAUAUGCGGAUGACACGGCACUAAUCCUGGCUGGAACAAACUAUGAUAAAGGGGUGUUCUCGGCGCAGCAGGAUGUCUAUAAAAUUGUGACAUGGUUUAAUAAUAAUUUCAUCGCAUCCUCGACGGCAAAAGCAUCGCCACCCACACUCUCGCGUGGUUCCUUGCUCACAUGGGAUCCAUCAUGGGAGGCCCCGCAAACCUCAACGAGCUGGCCCACUCCAAGGCGCGAGGUCUCGCUUUCCGCGACCAUGGAGAACUCCCCGGCUGGCCCGCAGUGGUGGAGAACAGAGAUCAACUGACAACAUAUAACGAAAUUACACAGCACUUUUAUCUCGGCAGGAGAGACUUUCCCCUUCCUCACAAGAAGUCAAAUCGAGCGCAGGCGUUGACCCUCAGAUUAUUGCAAACAGGCUCGUAUCCCAGCCUGGCUUUAUUACACAAGCUUUAUCGCGACACUUAUGCCAGUAGUUCUUGCAGGCACUGCAAUGACUUCGCUAGCCUAGAGCAUAUGCUCUGGCGUUGCCCCUCGUUGCGAGGCACGGAACAAAUCAAUGAGGACAAGUGGCUCUCCGCUGUCAAGAGUCCCGAUGCCGGGGUGCAACUAUGGGCUGUCCAGAGGGCCCACGAUGCAGCGGUCGGGCAUGACCUGACUGUCCCAACGUGGGAGUGGCCCGCUGCGCGCUGUGUCGCGUACCUCAGGACUUUCAUUAAAGUUUUACAUCCAUCCAUCUAUCUUAACAAACAAAAAACUCAAUUAAUUUGUUUCCAUAGUCUUCACAGGAAAAUUGCUGUGUGAUCCAAGCUUUAUAUGCACAGUGAUGAGUGCAGCACCUGUAAAUGUAAUAACAGCCCUUUCUAAAAAAGUGAAGUAUUAGGACUGCUUUUUGACGAGCACUUUUCGUGGACAUACCACAUGGAAUAACUUGCAAAGAGAUUAAGAACAGUUUCUGCAGUCAUAUACAGAUUAAGAUCAGUCUGCAGUAUAGCAUUGCCUAAAACCAUUUACAAAGCUCUUGGUGAAUCAAUUCUGAGAUAUGGUGCAACAGUUUUUGGGUGGGCUGCGCAGUACAAGCUGAAGGUUUUAAACACAGUAUUAUAUAACACGAAACAUUGCUUAUGGAACUAACAAGAAUGACAAUGAGAUUGCAGAACUUAUGAGGCAGCAUUCAAUACUAAAAAUUUAUAAACUAGUGUUAAAUAUUGUACUGACUAUGCAUUUCUUUCGAAAUGAACUUGAGAAAAAAAAAUACAACUCGCAACCUUCAUGUAACGGAAACGUUCAUUCUACCAAGAGUCUCCAUGAGUUAUGGUAAACGAACAAGGGAAUUUUACAUUCCAUUUUACUUCAAUCAGUUUGUGGUGGACCCGGAAAUAGCGACUGCCGGAAAAGCCAAGCGUAAAGUGUAUGAAUGGGUUCAGGCAAAUAUACAGUGAAAAGAGUGGAAUAACAUUCUUCUUUUUAUUUCUUAAAUUUCUGUUUAUUGCUUCAAUGUGUAACUUUUGUUGUCAUUUUGCUAGCUGUAAUAGUGAUGUGCCAAAAUGCUGGUCGUUUUCGUCUUUGGAGCGAUGGUAUUGGGUGCUAAUGCACUAUGAGUGGUCUUUAUUGCAUGCUUCGUCACAACAAUUCAGUGCUCUUUAGGGUUUGCUAUUCUGAAGUAGACUGGUCUUGGUGCACUGGGCUUUCAGGCUUUUCGCUCUUUUGGGAUUGCGGGACCACACCGCCGUCCUGGGAGAGCGUUCACCCGCUCACACGGGGUUACAACCUCUCUGUCUCUGUGGUCCUUGGAAGGAAGGUGGGGGUUGGGGAAGGCAUGGUUGAAGUGCACAGAAAGUUGUUUUGAUAUGUUUUGUAGCAACGGAAUAUGCUUCUUAUCAGAUAUCUGUGCGUGGGAGUAUUUUUUUUAUUUUUUGCUUUUAUGUUUGCUCUUGUUGCUUUAGUUUGAUGGCGUUGAAUCUCAUUGGCAUUUUUGAUUUGGCUUGUUUCACUGGUUGUAUAUUUUGGUAAGAUUGGUAGGGCGAAGAUCUAUGCUGUAUUUAGCAUAUCUAAACGACAUAUAUAUGUAUGGACUGCCCUUUCCGUAUACAAGCAAGCAUGCUUAAGCGGACAGGUAAAAACUGCGAUGUGCAAUGUGAUAUGAUAAUAAACUUAUUU